GAGCACUGGAAGUUAAAUUGUGCUGCAUAUAAAAAAUGGGCGGAUUGGUCUCUAGAUGAGAGCUUGGUACCACCUUCCUUUCUAAAAUAAAAUCUCUCUGGCAUGAAGUCACAGCCUAUUUCACAUCCGGUUUACCCUGGGACGUAUUACUACUGUCUUGUUUCAGAGCCCACCAUGAAGAGGGUCCUGGUGCUUUGUGACUGCCUCUGGGCCUGGAGCCUCCUUCUGAAUGCACUGACUGAAAGAAGCUAUGGACAAACCUCAUCACAAGAUGAACUUAAAGACAACACCACAGUAUUUACCAGAAUAUUGGAUCGUCUGCUGGAUGGUUAUGAUAACCGCUUGAGACCAGGACUAGGAGAGCGUGUAACUGAAGUGAAGACUGACAUCUUCGUCACCAGUUUUGGGCCUGUUUCAGACCAUGAUAUGGAAUACACUAUAGACGUAUUUUUCCGCCAAAGCUGGAAGGAUGAGAGAUUAAAAUUCAAAGGACCUAUGACUGUUCUGCGGUUAAAUAAUCUAAUGGCCAGCAAAAUUUGGACACCUGAUACCUUUUUCCACAAUGGAAAGAAGUCAGUGGCUCAUAACAUGACAAUGCCAAAUAAAUUAUUACGAAUUACAGAGGAUGGGACAUUGCUAUACACAAUGAGAUUGACUGUGAGAGCAGAAUGUCCAAUGCAUUUAGAAGACUUUCCUAUGGAUGCACAUGCUUGCCCCUUGAAAUUUGGAAGCUAUGCUUAUACCAGAGCAGAGGUUGUGUAUGAAUGGACACGGGAACCAGCAAGGUCAGUGGUUGUGGCUGAAGACGGCUCUCGAUUGAACCAAUAUGAUCUACUUGGACAAACUGUGGACUCUGGAAUUGUUCAAUCCAGUACAGGGGAAUAUGUUGUUAUGACUACACAUUUUCAUUUGAAGAGAAAGAUCGGUUACUUUGUCAUCCAGACUUAUCUGCCAUGCAUCAUGACAGUGAUACUGUCACAGGUGUCCUUCUGGCUUAAUAGAGAAUCUGUUCCAGCAAGAACCGUAUUUGGAGUGACAACUGUCCUGACAAUGACUACUCUGAGCAUCAGUGCAAGGAAUUCGCUCCCCAAGGUGGCCUAUGCCACUGCUAUGGAUUGGUUUAUAGCCGUGUGCUAUGCCUUUGUGUUUUCUGCACUCAUUGAAUUUGCAACAGUGAAUUACUUCACAAAGAGAGGCUAUGCAUGGGAUGGCAAAAGCGUUGUUCCUGAAAAGGGUUUGAUCAAGAGAAAAUGUGGAUGCCUCGGUAUAAACACAGGAAAAAAUCUUGUGGCUACUGUAUUUGAAUUUCCAAAGUUGCUCCCCAACAUGAACUUCAGGAGGACUGCUCUGUGAUCACAACCAAAUAAAUCACCACAGGACUUUUUUUCUUUCCUUUCUUUUGGCUCCUAUAAUGUCCCUAUUUUUUAAAAACAAAAAUAUUAUUUUAGUUCCUCAUCCAUAGGAGAAAUUGAUUUGUUUUGCAGGAAGCAUUGACAGUUGUGUUGGAAAUGUGCAAUCCUGAUCCAUGACUCCCUGAAUGCAGUAGAGAGAAAUCACACUGACUCCCUUUGUACCGGGGUCAGACCCGGUCUGUAAAUCACAGGUGCAUCAAGAAAUUGUUGAGGACAUUUAGGGGAUGAAAGAGAAAGUUUCCCAUUUCCUAUGAGUUAUCAUGUCAGCUGCUUCUGUGAGGAAGCUCAUUUGGUUGGAGAUAUUUUUUGAGAGAUCUUGAAACAGACUUUUAACUUGCCUAAUUGGUUAUUAUGAACAUUCACAGACUAGAGAUUCAGCAGAAUAAAUAUUUGGAGGACCAGAUGUUACUCAUUGGUGCACGAAUAUAUGUGUUUAAUUCAGGAGUGUAUGCCUAUAUAUAAUUAUAAUUUUUUUUGCUAUUUUAGUUUCAUAAGUCGGUGAGAAAACAGAAAUAAAUACAGUACAUUUACACAAUGACAACUAAUACAAAAGUAUUGUAGAACAAAUGAGUGAAGUAACAAAAGAAUGUUACAGUAAUGAUCUGCAUGACUGCUGGUGAAUACUGAGUUUUCAGUUACUGAUGAUACUCUAAUUGAAAAUAAUUUGUUUGAUUCUUUGUUGUGCUCCUAUCUUCAUAUCUAUGGAUAUGUAAAUGGAAUGUAAAAAAUGGAAUAGAAAAAAAUCCUUAAAUGUUAAAUAUUGCCCUGUUAAUAUAACCUACCUUGUAACACAGUUACUGUAAUCAGCCAUUUCAUUUGUUUCAAAGAAAAUUACAUUUUCAGAGAAAAACACACCAAUAGAAACACAAUAUUCAAACACUAUUUAGAACAUCGGAAGAUUUAUGGCUUUGCAUUUCUCAGCAGGUAAGGGUCUUUAUGUAUUUUUUGAUAUGUCAGCGAAGACAUACCACUACCUGGUAGAGUGCAUUACCUGCAGAUGUAAGGAAAAGCAAGCAAGGCAAACUAGCAGUGAACAGAGCAUCUUAAUAAAAUUUAGAGCUCUAAUUAGCUGUCAUAUUGCUUUUUCAUAAAAUUGAAUUUGACAUGAAAUAUUAAGACCCUGACUGGUGUCAGGGAUUUCUGUGCAUCAGAUUUCUCAUGACAUUUAAAUCUAUAGAAAGGGUCUCCUUUGAGAUUUCUGUGAAGCUGUCCUCUGCCUGCUGGAUUUGUCGCUGCUCGCUAGAGUGUCUGGCUGAGAAGGAAACAGGACUGGUUUCAUACUCAGCAAGCCUGUUAGCAGCCUUCCUGCUCAGGAGGAAAAGAAUGGACAGACAACUAAAAAAAUCUUUCUGACAUUGCCUUUUUUAUUUUCUGAGUAUUUUCUUCAACCUGUUUGUUACUCCUAUUCAGCUGAAAUAUUCUGACAGAAUUUGAAGUUUUUUCUUAGCCUCAAGCUAAGCUGAAUAUUUUUGUCAUGAAAUAAAGAGCAUUUACAUCAGAGUCAUUAUGUGAAUCCCUUUUCUUACUAAGUAGCAGAAAUUUAACAUUUCAGCCUUAAUUUCCUUCCUGCAUGGGGCUGCAGGCCAUGCUUUGACGAGCCUCUCCCCACUUGCCCUGCUGCUUUUGCAGUUUGCCUUCACGUUCCCAGGUGUCCUGCAGGAGCCCAGCUGCUUCCUGAAACAUUCACCUCUGGAAUAAGAACUUUUUACCAAAGCCCCCCAGCUGGGUGGUCUAUAUAGCUAUUAAGCUACAUUUGAUCUCUCAUAAAAAGUACUGUGACUACUUUAAAAAAUACUGCCUCUGUGGGACAGCUGCUUCUUAAAACCAGAGAAUUAUAUUUGCUAUCUUGUGAAAUGACAUAAUAGAUCGCAUUCUGCUGAUAUUUUCUCUUUAGCCAUAUAUUCUUUUCUUUCCUUCUAAGAGGAUAAAAUCGAUUUACCUAUUCUUUUUUUGGCGAAUACUGCCUGAAGAUUUUUCUAAGCUCUUAGGAAUUUUUUUGUUAUCUGUUUUUUUCUCAUAAUCAGAGGAACUUGGAGCAAAGUGAUGCUUUUCUUUACACCUCCUUAACAACCCACUACAUCUCUCUCCUAUGUUUAUCCUUGUGCAGUGGCUGGAACAAGGGUUUGGACUGUCUGCAACAGUGACAGCUGAAUUCCAACUGGUAUUCCCAGAUGCCAAAAUUUAAUUUUUUUCCUACAAGUAGAUCUCAGAAGUAUAAUACUAGAAAACAUAAGGACCCAGGGGAAAAAUCUAGAUAUUCUUUCUGAUCAAUAAGUUCUUCUCCACUAAAGGAUUUUCAAUACAUUCUUGCUUUAGCAAUAUAGGUAGGUGGAUGCAAAAAUCAUACAGGUUUUUAAGUCUGUGUAUAUGGAAUGACAUUUUAGCCAUUAUGAUCCAAUUGUAACACUCAAGCAGGAACAUUAAGUUUCUAUUCCAUAAUGCAUAUGCUUUUGGUGUAAACCAUUAGUGAACAGAAUACUGACAGCUUUGCAUUUUAUUAAAUAAUCCACUCUUUUAGUGCAUGGUCACAUGAUAUUUUUAUUGUACAUUUUUAUGUAUAAAGUGUGUUAGAAUGCAUCAUGUAACAUUAUUUGUGUUAAUAUUGGAAAGCUUCAUUAAGAAAUUCAGUGUCUUUUAAAGUUUUUGUCCUGGUCAAGAAGCACAGUUGAUUAAGGGAAUAUUGAUUCAUGAGUGGCUUGUCACUUGAUUACCAUUAAAGGUAAUUCUGUUGAUCAGUGAGCCUAGCUAUCAGUAUAAGUCCUUGUUAUACUUUGUCCAUCAUCUAAUUUGGUUUCACUAAUAUAAAUAAUGCAGAUGGAUGAUUUUGUCUUUGUCUUCACCUAAAUAUUUUGCAUGAGUUAUGUAUCUGGACACUAACUUCUCUCUUACAGUUUAUUACAAUUUGUGGUAUAAAUUCAAUUAAUUGCAGAAUUCUAUCGUGCUUUUUAUAAUCUUAUCUGUUGAGAAGAUAGUGAGAAUAAAACAUUUUCUUCU